UGUGUGCGUGUGCGGUGGGAAGGACUUAGAGCAGCUGUAUAGAGAUGAGUGUAGUCAGUGUCGUGUCAGUGUGGAAAGAUGAAGCUUCUGCUCAGCAGUCUGUUACUCGCCUCUCUCUGUGCACUCUCAUCCUGGAGUGUUUCAUCAGGCACACUUGUUGUGACCCAGACUCCUGCUGUCUCUGCAAUGCAGGGAGAGACAGUAAACGUCAGCUGCUGCUGGACCUGGACAGGGAAGCCUGAAAGAAUGAGAGUUGACUGGCUGAAAAAUCAAACAAGUGUAAAAAAAGAUAUUUUCGGCCUGACAAAUCAAUCCCAAGGAUCUCUGCGAAUGAACACAUCUGACUGCUUAAACUUGACCUUUACGAAUAUCUCAAGAGAAGAUUCAGGGAGAUACACCUGCAAAGCGUCUGUGGAGAUUCCAUUAUUAGUUGAGUUUGAAGGAAAUGGUACUGUCAUCACAGUUACGGCCAGAGAGGCCAGAGAGAACACAACGGACGCAGCAGAAGAAGACAAUUCAGAGUCCAGCAAUUCUCCACCGCUUCCCCUGAUAAUCUCCGUGGCCGCAAUGGUUCCAUUGCUCCUCAUUGCUCUCGUCUGUUUCUGCUCUCUGCGAAGGAGACAAGCCCAAGCAGCCAGGGUGAUCUACGAGGUUCCCCAUACUGACUCUGAGGUGGCAGAAAUGGACAAACACAGCACCACUUCCUCCAGAGGCUCUUCUCAGUGGUGUCAGGUACCAGUGUAUGAAUCCUUCGAUUACUUUGAACGUGUGCAGACAAAAGAGUGAAGAUCCUCAUCCUCCAGGAUUUUCCUUCCCUACUUUGCAGCAUGUAUAUCUUAUGCGUCCAUUAUACCUUUGCCUGAAUUAUGUAAAUGAUUUUAUAUGAGUGUAAAUAUUUUUUAUUUUUUAUAUAAACUAAGUCUCAUCCA